AUGCCUAAGUUUUAUUGUGACUACUCUGAUACGUAUCUGACCCACGAUUCUCCAUCUUUGAGAAAGACACACUGCAGUGGUCGGAAACACAAAGAGAAUGUGAAAGACUACUACCAGAAAUGGAUGGAAGAGCAGGCCCAGAGCCUGAUUGACAAAACAACGGCUGCAUUUCAACAAGGAAAGAUACAUCCAGCUCCAGUCUCUCCUCCUCCUGCGGGGGCCAUGAUCCCACCUCCCCCCAGUCUCCUGGGUCUCCCUCGCCCUGACAUGAUGCCUGUACUCCACAUGGGAGGCCCUCCCAUGAUGCUGAUGAUGGGCUCUCCUCCUCCUGGGAUGAUGUCCGUGGGACCUGCUCCUGGAAUGAGGCCACCCAUGGGAGGCCACAUGCCCAAGAUGCCUGGGCCUCCAAUGAUGAGACCUCCUGCUCGACCUAUGAUGGUGCCCACUCGGCCUGGCAUGACUCGGCCAGGCAGAUAAGAGCAGAAAGGCUCUUUAUCACUUUUGUACUUCUUGU